AUGGCAGCAAUGGAUGCUAAAUUGUGGUAUGUGGGUCUUGUUUUUUUAAGUAUUGCUGGUACUUUGAGUCUUGUUGUUGGAGGAGGUGAUGUUGGGUAUAAUGGUGAUAAUGGGGAUGAUAAUCAUUGUUUAUAUAGAAGUUGGCGAAGUCGUGGUAGUUUCUUUGGCGGUGGAGGUGGAGGAGGAGGAGGUGGUGGGGGUGGAGGAGGUGGUGCUUCAAGUAAUGGUAUUGGAUAUGGAGAGGGGCAUGGUGUAGGAGGAGGUGUAGGGGGUAGUGUUGGUGGGGGUGGUUUUGGAGGAGGUGGUGGAGGUGGAAGUGGAAGUGGUUAUGGUAGGUUUGGUGAAGGGUUUGGUCAUGGUAGUGGUUUUGGUGCAGGAGCAAGCAUAGGAGGAGAAGGAGGUGGCGGUGGAGGCGGAGGAGGUGGUGGCGGUGGUGGUGUUAGUAAAGGGUCUAGUGGAGGUUAUGGCCAUGGUAAUGGUUAUGGUGCAGGUGUUGGUGUUGGUGGUGCAAGUGGAAGUGGAAGUGAUGGGACAUCAAGUGGUUGCGGCGGAGGAGGGGGAGGUGGUAGUGGGGGUGGUUCUGGUGGAGGCUCAGGUCAUGGUAAUGGUUUUGGUGCAGGUUUUGGGAUAGCUGGCAUUGAAGGAGGAGGAGGAGGUGGUGGUGAAGGCAGGGGUGGAGGUGGUGGAAAUGGAGGAGAAGGAUAUGGACAUGGGGAAGGCAUGGGAAUGGGAAUGGGAGGGGGUUCAAAUGUUGAGAAAGGACGUGGUGGUGGCAAAGGUAACAUGGGAUUUGGUAUGGGAAUGGGAAUGGGAAUGGGAAUGGGCAUUGGGGUUGGUUUUGGACCAGGAACAAGUGGAGUUAAAGAUACAAGUACUGAACAUGGUCAUCCUUAG